CUUGGCUCAGUCCCUUCUCGUCGGUCGGCCGAAGCGCACCGUUCGGCGCCCACUACCGCGCCCAUUCGGACUACGAACGAAACCCGAACUUAGAACCUAGCUCCCUAACCCGUAUACGAAAUGACCCUAACCCUCUCGACCAAAUUAUAAGUUUCGAAUUUUUAUCAAAAUGUAUCCGACAGGAAAAUUACACCGAAAUUAUACACAUAAGAAACGACUGAAAUUUUCUACCUACCUUUGAGAUACCCUAUACCUUUGUAAACGUUUACAAACAUUUUUGGACAUUGUUUUACUCCUCCUUCGUAGCGAUAAGCCCGACCAAAGCUUCGUAGAGUGUAGUGGACUUAGUGUUAAAACUAAAGUGGUAACUUUGUUUGUUCUACGUGAACUAGUUUAUAAAUGUGUUUUAGUGCUUAGUGUGUUACCUUAAGGACCAUUACUUGGAUGAAGAUUGACACGCCGAAGACGUUAUACUUAGAAGAUAUCCCUACCUCCUUAAAUGGCUCAAAAUUUAUCCUAUGAAACAUUCCUCGCAUCUUCCAAGUCUCAAAAUCACAAACAUUCCACGAUAGUCUUAUCUCGUCGCAAGCAGUAAAAGACUUCAGUGACCGUAGAAGUGUCAAAGUGACCGCGCGAGAUCCUCUUCGGAGGGCGCGAGGGGCCGGCGCGAUGCGGUCUCGCGCGGGAUGUACGUGAUAUACCCGGCAGAAGAAGUAGUUUCCCUGACUUACGCCGUCCAAGCGCUGCCCCGCCCGCGGCAGCGCCCCACGCUCGACAACAUCCUCGGGCCGCCGCCGCCCGCGCCGGACCGCGCGCCGCCCGCCCCCACCCCCGCCCCCGCCCUCGCAGCGCCCGCCCCGCCCCCUCCCAAAACGGCGCCUCCGGAGAGCGCGGAGCGCGCGCCGGCCUCGCCGACGCCGUCGCUCGAACGGCCGGCAAAGCUGCGCGAGCGCACCAAAGCCAAGUUCCUCAAGAAGCUGGGCCGACAAGAGAACAACGAGUUCGGGAAGAUAGUCCGCACGCCCGCCCCCGAUGAGUUCGAGCUGCCCGCCCCGCUGCCGACGCCGGCGUUCUCGCGGAAGAACAUCUUCGAUCGGGACUUCGACGCGCUGUUCGAGGUGGCGAGCACGCCGGAGUUCACGGCCAACAUCCGCAUGGUGACGCCGGAGCCGGACCGGCGGUCGGAUGUAUCGGCCGCGCACUUCCCGUCGCCGGCCUCGUCGUCGCUGGCUCUGCUGCCCCCGCGCCCACACUCCGAGCCCGCGCCCCGCUCCUCCCCCACGCCCUCCCUCCAGACCUCGCUCACCACGCCCCCGUCGCACCGGUCGUCGUUCGAAGGAUCGAAUUCGAAGCCGAAGAAAGUUAGUUUCUUCCGGAGGAAAUCUAAACAGAAGGAGCCAUCUCCGGUCAGAACGAUGAUGCCCCAGCCGUCCAUCGAGAUGGCUCUGCGGGAGCUCACGCACCCCGCGCACAACGAACAACUCAAAAACCAGCAGCAGGUCACCUUCAAAUUAGUCAAAACAGUGUCGGACUUCUCGGCGCAGCUGUCUCAAGUGUACGAGCGUCACUCGUCGGAGCUCCAGCUGCUCGUCGCCAGUUUCCGGAAACGGAACAGCGAACUUCGGAAAGAAAGGGCAACAUGUCCAUCCUCCCUCUUCCACACGUGGGAGACUCUCCUUCAAGAGGUGGAAGCAGACGUGGUGGGCUACAGCAACGCGGCUACCUCGCUGGAGAGAGCCGUGGCCACUCCGCUCAUAGAGAAGACCUUCCACAUGAAAGUCCAGGCGAGGAAGAUAUUUGCUCAUCGGGAAGGCUGCGAAGUAAUUCUAGGAAAAGCUGACGAACAGUUAAAUAAGAGUCGUCAAGAUUACCGCAACGCGUUCCUCAACUACUGCGCUAACUCCAACCCCGCCAACCUCGCCACGUACUACGACUCACACAACACCUACGUCCAGCAGCUGACAGCCACCAACGCCAUGAUAGAGCAGUACCACAAGCACACGCUGCCGACUAUACUGCAGGAGUUGGAGGAGAUCCUGACUGACGUGACGACGGCCGUCAGCGAUGCCAUCUGUCAGGAGGGGGAGAUUAUCACUGAUAAGACCAACAACCAGCUCCGCCGCUACGAGUCGCUUUGUGCGCAAGCCCGUGCGGUGUCCAGUACUGCUGACUUGGCGCACCUGGCGCGGACGUUGCUCAACAACCAGCCGCCGCUGAAGACGCCAAAGAGGGCCUUCCUCCCCCCCUAUCCGCCGGAACCGGAUGACCCGCCGAUAGAUGUCGCUGCGGAAACAAUGCCUCCGGUGCUUCGUGGUGAGAUGCUGUUGGACAGGAUGGGAGGAGGCCAGGCGCGGCUCAACUACGAACAGCUCAGGAAAGACGCACAAGACUUAGAAAUACAGAUAAAGCAGCUACAGGACGGCCUCGACGCUUUAGCACGACUGCAGUCUCGUAGCCUGGAGAGUAACCACUACAGUAAAGUUAAUGAGAUACAGGAGGAAAUUUCGUUAAAGAAAUAUGACUACAGAGCCACACAGCUCCAUUUAGCGGCCGUCAGAGCACAGAGGGAGCUUUUCGCAGCUAAAGCGGACAGCGGGACAGCCGGAGCUGAUCGCAAGCUAUCAUCAUCAUCAGCCGGCAGCAUGAAGAACAAAUGGCUGAAGGCCUUCCGAAGCCUCAAACCCCCCAGUGCCCCUCCCCCCCACGUGGGGCCCCCGGACAAAAAAAAUCAAAUGUACCACGCUGUGUCAACGGUGAUGGCGAUAAGGAGGAAUGGCGCCGCCCGAGACGCGAUGCGCUCAGGUGAAACCGAUGCACAUAACUUUCAAGAAUACACCUACAAGAAGAUUACUCCGUGUGAUGUGUGCUCACAAGUUCUCAGAGGGCACACCCGGCAAGGGCUCCGCUGCCGCAUGUGCAAGAUGAACGUGCACCUGGACUGCAUGCCUCAGGUCGGCCGGUGCCAGACCAAGUCCCGCCUGCUCCGCAGACAAAAGAGUACCUCCGAAAUCGAAGCGCAUCGAAUACACGAUGUCGCUUACGACGACGAAAAGGAGGAGGUGGAUCAGACGUACCAAGUGCUGAAGAGGGCGAACGAAAUAGCGAAGCCGAGCGCGAGCGGCGGCGUGGUGGUUCGCGUGUCGGCGGCGCCCGAGGAGGCCGGGGCGGGGCCCGCGCGCGCGCCGCGGCCCAGCGCCGGCCUGGCCGUGCUGCCGCAGCCCGUCGCCUCCAGCUCAGCUCCACACUCGCCGCGCCGUCAAAAGUUGAAUCUUAGGAUGAAGAGUCUCUCGCUGGAUUCGCCGGAGUGCGGGGAGCUGCGCAGGCGGCCCCGGGAGCAGGCGCCGUCGCAAGGCAGCCGCGUUCUAUGUGAAACCCGGCCAAGUUGCAUGCGAUAUGGCUCAGUUAGAGUUAUCAACCACACGCUUCUGACUCAAUCAUCACCAUCGUCGCCGGUACACAGUCGUCGGAUGCUAAGCGCGCGCGGCGGUCGCAUGAGCAGCGUCGAGCUGCCCGACGAGCCUGACAAAAGCCUGUCGUCGAAUAGCGCCAGCCCGUGCCCCUCGCCAGUUAAACAACCGAGUAAGCACCAGCGUCUCCUACCCACCAAUCUGUACGUGAUCCUCUACAACUUCAAAUCGCGUCACGCUGAUGAGUUAGACCUGAAGGCCGGAUACAAGGUCACGGUGAUUGACACAUCAGACCCCGACUGGUGGAAGGGGAAGUGUUUGGGCAAGAUCGGCUACUUCCCCUCCAAGUAUUGUACGAAGCUCCAAGCGGGGGAGCGGCCGCUGCAAGUGACGCAUAAUUUGCAGGUUUCAGAUGGCGACAACGGUCUGAUGCUGCUCCGUGACCAGAUCGUGAUCCAGGUUGGUGAUGAAGUGGACGGCAUGGUGAUGAUCAGGUCCGGGGACAACCGCCAGGGUGUCUGUCCCAUUAAGUUCCUUCAGGAGGUGUGACGCUUCAAACUUCCUAAUUUCUACCUUAUCAAGCGACGCGGCUCACUCUCAGAAAACAUUGUAAAGCACACCGAACCGAAACCCAGCAGAAGUGCACCCGUCACCCCCUGCGACAGCGCCAACCCCUGGUCCAACCCGGAAGACGACAAGGCAUACUAUUCUGACAAAGGCUACUCGCGAUCUGACAAAUACGAGGUACAGGAAUACACGCGGUCAGACAAAGCGAGUUACGAGGCGUCAGUCGAGGGGGUUUGGUGGUGGCGUCGACCCCUGGGGGUGAGGCACUCCGCGUGCCGCUCGUGCGGGGCGUCAUCUUCUACGAGACCGCUGCAGCUGGCUUCGCCCCCGGCCACUUAUGACUACGACCAGCGCCCCAUCUCCUCCGGCGACCGCCCCCUUAACUUUAUUAG